UCUUUAUUUUAUAUCUCUUAUAUCCUCGCUUGCCCCUCUUGCCGCAUAGAUCUUAGACACCCCACCUCUUCCCCCAGCCUCGCACCCUUCGUCCAGCACCACAGACCACAUACAUUCCGGCCACUCUAUUGCCACCCAAUCCCAAUCGACUCGUCCCAUUAGUCAUCCCCCCAGCUCAACUCAUCCAUCAUGUUAGUCCCUCCUCCCGUCUCGACUGGCGAUAGUGCUGUCUGCACAUGCCGCUGCUAGCCAUCGUGGCUGGUGUAUACAUACCUCAAGCGCGCAAGGACAACGCUAUCAGGCAACUUAUCGCGUGAUUGACUCUUGGAUCCAGAUGCUGACAGUACUCUCUCUAGGCCUGCCAAGAAGCGAUGCCAGUUCCGAGUCGUCUACAACAUGCCUUCUCUCAACGCCGAGGGCGACGACUCGAAACCCGAAAUGACUGCCAACCCCCCAACCCAAUGUCCCUCAGCUGCGCUCAGGCUCGCUGGUGAUUGCCCCCAUUGUCAACGGGUUUUCUGCUCUGGCCAUCGGACGCCUGAAGCCCAUAACUGUACCGGCAUGCAAGCAUGCAGGGACGCGGCUUUCCAAGCGAAUAAGGAUAGGCUCGAGAAGGAAAGGACUGUCAACAACAAGAUCGCCCAGACAUGACCUACACUGGGCACAUAGAGUUCUAGAGUGUGUUUUGUGGUGGAAGCGUCGAGUGGAAGGUGUAUCAUGGCAUAUAUUGUGCGAUCUGUUUGUAAUCAUUUGUAGACCAUCAUGAACCCAUCUGGACUGGUAG